AUGGAUCCUUAUGAUGAUGAAGAAAUGGUGGCCGUUGGCUACCCUUAUUACCAUGUUCAUCAACUAAAUCAACCUCCACCAUCUCCCUCUCAUGCCUCCAGCAACCAACCCAGAAGUACUCUCAUCAAAUGUACUAAAGGCCUCCUGUGUUUUCUCAUUCCAGUCUUCACUAUCCUCAUCUUCUUCUUGGGUGUUAAAUUGUUUUUCAUUUCCCAACUGAGUGACCCAAAGGUUCGUGUUGACUCCAUCUCUGUCAAUCUCUCUUCUGGUGAAAUGAGCUCCAACUGGGACAUUACUUUCUUCCUAAGAAACCCUAAUCGGUUUUCGAGCAUUAGCUACAAGAUGACUGUGGUUUCUGUUCUUGAUCAAGGGAAGAGACGUGUCGGGUUGACGGUCGCGGAUUCUUACCAUCUAGAUGCAGGGAAGAAUGGCUCUAUGAAGGCUAGGGCUUCAGUCUUAUCUUUGAAGAAAAUGAAGGCGGCUAAUGAGAGGAGUGUAGAGGCUGCUCAUGCAUUCUCCUUGAAGGUGGAGGCUAUGGUAUUGAUUAAAAUUAAGUAUUUGGACGAGCAAUGGUACCUCAUGGAGGCUUCCUGUAAGGACCUAAUGAUUAGGUCUAUGACUCAUAGUUCAAAGAAGUUGAUGGUGAUGAAUGGCUCAAACUGGUGCACUGUUAAUUUUAAAUAA